AUGGCGGCCUCCGCAGCGGUGUGCCGCGGCUUCAAUGUGAGACACACACACUGUCCCAGGACCAUACCCAGGACAUGUCUCCGGGUGCUACGGGCGCAACUGUCUACCCGAGCGGGAGUAGGUCUAACCCGGCCAGAGCAAGGGCCAGAGCAAGGGCCAGAGCAAGGGCCAGAGCAAGGGCCAGAGCAAGGGCCCGAGGAGGCUCACAGACACACGGGAGACACAAAGAAGACUGGACCAAAAGCUUUACACGUUCUACAAGCGCAGCGCAGAGAAGAAGCUGAGAGAUCGGUGUUGAUCAGCUGCCUUCCCAGAACGCACCACAACAAGUUUCUCAAGUAUCUGUCCAGACACGGAGACGUCAACAAAUGCUUCUUCUACGAAAGCUUUGGCACGUACGCUGUGGUGGAGUUCUCCGAUCGGGAUGGAGUGGGGUCUCUGCUUGAAAGCGCCGCCGUCCCCAGCAUCAGUCAUGAGUCUGUGGUUCCUUUGAGAUCCAGACUCUUGGCUGUACGAAACAUCAGUACUGUGGACACGCAGAGCGCCCCCCAGUGUCAGCCGCAGAAGGCCCUCCCCAUCAACGACCUCAUCCAGCAGCUGUCCUCCUGCACCAACCUGGAGCAGCAGAUCGUGUCCCUCACAGAAGCCCACUCUCUGACAGAGGAGAACAUCCGCCUCCGUUUCCUGGUCUGCUCUUUACUCAACGACGUGGCUUCUGCCUUCUUCCCCGACUGCUCCAUCCGGCCCUUUGGCUCCUCCGUCAACGGCUUUGGGAAGCUGGGAUGUGACCUCGACAUGUUUUUGGACCUGGAUGCCAUCGGUGCGGGCAAAUCAAAUGUGUCUCGCUCCACCGCCCCGUACGUGGAGUAUCAGAUGAAGAGGAGCAGCUCGGAGCGGGCGGUGACUCAGGGCGUGUUGUCGGUGAUUGCAGAGUCUCUGGAGCAGUUGGGGCCCGGCUGUGUGGGCGUGCAGAAGAUCCUCAACGCCCGCUGUCCCCUGGUCCGCUUCGCCCACCAGCCCUCGGGUUUCCAGUGUGACCUCACCGCCAACAACAGAGUGGCCAUGCGCAGCACUGAGAUGCUGUAUGUGUUUGGAGAGCUGGACCCCCGGGUGCGGGCCCUGGUCUUCACUGUCCGCUGCUGGGCCCGAGCUCACGGCAUCACCAGCUCCAUCCCCGGAGCCUGGAUCACCAACUUCUCCCUGACCAUCAUGGUGGUCUUCUUCCUUCAGAGGAGGAGUCCCCCCAUCCUGCCCACUCUAGACCAGCUUAAAGAACUGGCAGGGCCCUCACAAAAGUGCAUCAUCGACGGUAACGACUGCACGUUCAGCAGUGACUUUGACAAGAUCCAGAUGAAAUCCAACUCCGAGUCUUUAGAUCGACUUCUGAGUGACUUUUUUGAAUUCUACAGCACAUUUCUCUUCAACAAAAUGUCAAUUAACAUCAGAAAGGGCAAAGAGGAGCACAAGCCGGAGCUGGGGCCCCUGCACAUCCAGAACCCCUUCGAGACCUCCCUGAACGUCAGCAAGAACGUGAACGCCACGCAGCUGGAGCGCUUCGUGACGCUGUGUCAGGAGAGCGCCUGGAGCCUGCAGAACGGCGGGACCCUCACCGCUCUGCUGCUGCCCUCGCACGUCGCCGCCAUCAAGAGCCGAAAGAAGAGGAAACGGGAGCCGGCCAGCGAGAGGAUCAAGGGCCUGCUGGAAUCUUUAAGGACCAAAAAUAACGGGCCGAAGAAGUGCUGUUUGGACGCUGAGGUGAGUGAGCAGUUUCGCAGCAGCAGCAGCAGUGGUGGGUGUUUCGGGGGCAGUUCUCCUCCUCACACAGCCGAGACCAGAGCCCAGAGCCCGGAGUCUGCACCCGGUCUGCACCCGGGGGCCAGCGCGGACCACCACCACCAUGCGCGGAUGAGAGCUGUCGUGAUCCUGCAGCCAUGGAGCCUGCAGUGCCGUUGA